AUGAUCAACAGAUUCAACUCGUCAGAGAAGAUCUCUGAUCCUGAGUUUGACCGGAUCGUAAUGCAGAUCAAGGGCCUGGAUAAGCUCUUUGAGACUUUUGAGUCGAGCUUGCAGAAGCACCGCAUUUCCAUAUCAAGACUUUUGAGCCAUAGCAUUGCAAUUGGUGUUUGUAUGAGGGAGCUGAGUGAUCCCAGUCAUUUGGAAGGUGGAAUUGUGACCCAGCAGCAAACAAAAAUGUUUGAGAACGCAUCCAAGUAUGUGGAUCAGUACGAAUCUGUACAACCCGCCAUUGAGGAGGAAAACAGACUUUUCGAGGAGCGUGUUGGGGGCCAUUUGAAGAAAGUGUCAAAACAAAUCAAGGUCGCUAACAAAGCCAUCAAGGAACGCAACUACGCCAGCAUGGAUUACGAGAAGUAUCAGAUGGAUCUGAAGAAGCUUUCCGAGAAGCCCGAUUUGUCUUUGAAAGAGCACAAACGGAAAUUUGAGGUCACCAAAAAGUUGGAUGAGGCAAAAACCAAGUACGAGCUUCUAAACACAAAAUUGAAGAUGGAGUUGCCUUUAUUCAUGCUCAUUAUUCGUCAGAUCAUGAGCCAGAUCUUUGUGAUGACGUACUUUGCUACUUAUAGCAUAUUCUACAAUCUUUACAACAGCUGUGCUGCUAUUUCUCAGGAGUUCAACAUUGACAUUGAGGGAUUGCAGUACGACACCGAUUUUGUGGCUAUGCGCGCAGAGUUUGAGAAGAACCAGAAGCAUGCAGUGGAUACCCUAGACCAACUGUCUGUUGUGAAUUUCCACCAAAUCACUUUGAAUAAGCUCCAAUUGAAAGUGUUGGAAACCACUGCUCCGUCCGAGCUUUGCGUUGCAAUGUAUGAUUUCCACGGAUCCCAGGCCGAAGACUUGAGCUUCCGCGAGGGCGACCGUAUCAAGAUCUUGGAGAAGAACGAAUCUGGCUGGUGGAACGGUAUGAAACUUAAGGACGGCAGUGUUGGAAUUUUUCCUUAUAAUUAUGUGAAUUUAAUCUAA